UUGCCGGUCGCGUUGCUAGGUUUUCUUUUCUGCUCUCCUUUCUUCUACGGUCCUACGGCGCCUAGGGUUCCUCCUUUCAUCUUCCUGACAUGGGGCGAUAUCGCAGCCGCAGCAGAAGCUACAGCCCUCGGCGGUACAGCCGGAGUCCUCCUCGCCGGAAGCACUACGACGACCCUCGCGACCGGUACCAUGGGGGCGGCGGCGGCGGCGGAAGAGGAGGAGGAAGGGACUACCGCUCCGCCCCCUCUGGCCUGCUCAUUCGCAACAUCUCUCUCGACGCAAGGCCUGAAGAUCUACGUAUACCGUUCGAGCGUUUUGGUCCAGUGAAGGAUGUCUAUCUUCCGAAGAACUACUAUACAGGCGAGCCACGAGGUUUUGGAUUCGUCAAAUUCCGCUAUGCAGAAGAUGCUGCAGUAGCUAAGCAGCAUAUGAAUCGUCAGAUUAUUGGCGGCCGUGAAAUUUCAAUUGUCUAUGCUGAAGAAAAUAGGAAAACCCCUCAAGAAAUGCGCAAGAUGACACGCAUUAGUGAAAGACAUGUGGGAGGACGACACCGGCGGUCUCUGUCCAGAUCUCCCAGACAACGACAUCGCUCAUAUUCACAUUCUCCCACUCCCAGGCACGAUUCAAGGGACAAUGGAAGGGGUGGCCGUGAUUACUACUCUCCGCCGAGAUCAGUUUCUCCAUCUCCUCUGAAUGGUAGGGAUUAUGGGUCACCUGAUGAUAGGGAUCGCAGGUCUAAGAGGUCUGAACAUCAAUCUCCAGGUCCUGAGGUUAAUGAACAGAGCCCGUCAAGGUCACGAUCCUACAGUCCCAAGUGAGUGCUGACUGGCAACAUUUUUAAAUGAGUCCAGAAUAGGAAAACCAGCCUCUCUGAACACACUUGCCUCCAAUUUUCUGGUAUUCCUUCAAAUCUAUUAGCAAUAUAAACUUAGUUUGGCGAAGGUUCUAGAUGUAACUUUGUACUUGGUGUAUGGAGCCUCUGUUCUGGUGGGUCUGAAGUAGAUGUUUUUGUGGCCUCUGCUCUAGUGGGUUUUCUUGACUCCCUGUAGUAGAUGUUUUUUGAGACCUUUUUGUUCAGAGUCGUGAACAGACUCGUUAACACAAUUAUGUUGCUGAUUUGUGUGUGAUUUCUGUUUUUCUUUA